AUGACUACUACUCAGGCCUCUGCUCAAGUCCCUGUCACCACCACUACCCCUACCUUACCUCCCGUUCCGGCUAUGCUGGCUACCUUUGGCCCCAGCUUGUCCACUGGCCAUAUGGUCUAUGAUGCCCGAAGAGUAAAGCAGAAUGUCUUCCUUAAGCACAACUCCCAGAGCUCGAGGUGUUUCAGGAAGGACUUGAACAUCCUCUCCAGGCCCCAAGAGGUGAAGGGCUUGGUGAAUUCUGGCUUUGAUCUUCAAAAGACCCCAUCCCUUGCCAAGGAUUCCAGAGUUCCCAGGAACCCAGGCCUUACCCAAGAUCCAGAUUUCCAGAAGAACCCAAGCCUUGCCCAAGAUCCAGGACUCCAGAAGAACCUGAGCCUUAUCCAAGAUCCAGGGAUCCAGAAGAACCUGAGCCUUAUCCAAGAUCCAGGACUCCAGAAGAACCUGAGCCUUAUCCAAGAUCCAGGACUCCAGAAGAUCCCAGGCCUUGCCCCAAAUCCAGAACCCCAAAAGGAUCCAAGUCUUGCCCCAAAUUCAGAACUCCAGAAGAACCCAGGCCUUAUCCCAAAUCCAGGACUCCAGAAGAGUCCAGGCCUUAUCCCAAAUCCAGGACUCCAAAAGAACCCAGACCUUGUCCCAAAUCCAGGCCUUCAUAAGAACCCAGGACUUAUCCUGAAUCCAUGCCUCCACAAAAACUCAGGUUUCUACAAGUUUCCAGUCUGUACUCAAGAUCCUUACCUCUGCGUGAAUCCAAAUAUUUCCCAAGACCCUUGCCCUCAAAAGAACCUAGAUAUCACUCAAGAUUCUGGUCGAAGGAGUUCAGCUGCUAUCCAAGAUGCUGGUGUCCUUAGAAACUUAGGUUUAAUCCAACCUUCCAGGCUCCAAAAGAAUAUAAUAUUCAAUCAAACAUCUGGUCAGAGGACUUUGAGCUUUAUGCAAGACUCUGUGGUUUUUAGGAAUGUUGCAUUAAACCAAGACACUGUAAUCAACAAAAAUAAAGAUCUCUCCCCAGUAACUGACCAAAAGAGGCUAGACCCCUCUCAAGAUUCCAGAAAUAAUGGUUCAAGAAAUGCACAGCAUCCAGGAAUCUGCAGGAAUGUAGGCCUUAUUCAAGACUCUAGAUCACAGAAGAUCCCGUACUAUACCCAAGACUCUGAAAUUAAUAAAAACGCUGAACUUACCCAGAAAUCUAGUUCCUCCCAGAGCCCAGGUCUUGUCCAAACCUCUUGCUUCUGUAAGAGUUCAGGCCUCACUCAAGACUCAGGAGACUACAAGAAUUUAGGCUUUAUUCAAGAUCCUGCAAUCUACAGAGUCCCAAAUCUAAACCAAGACACAGACUCCCACAAGAGUCCCUGCCUAAUCAAUGUCACCACAGCAGAAAAAAGAUUGAACCUUAACCAAGAUGUUGGUGUUUACAGUUCAGAGCACUGCCAAGACCCUAACCUUCAGGAGUGUCCAGCAAUUGAUCAAGAUUCUGGCAGUCAUCAGAACCCAGCACUUGGCCAAGGCUCUGGCUUUAAGACCCCAGGCCUUACCCAGCAAGCUGGCCUCAACAAAAAAACAAGUUUUGUUCCAGGUACUGCUUCCACCCAAGUCUUGGGCCCACUACAAACACUACAGCUGACAUCUUCCUCAGUGAAAUCCUGUGUAUGUAAGACAGAUAAUACAGAGCCAGUCAACCAAAGCACCAGCCCUUCCAAGGCCCAAGUACUCUCCCCUGACCUGAAAAGUUUUUCAGAGGUGCCUGUUCUAAUUGAACUACAGCCAUCCUCCCCGAGAUUAGACAGCCAAGAAUGGGCAUACCACACUGCAAAUGCAGCUGUUUCAUCUUGCCAGAAGUAUCGCCAGAUGUCUAUGCCUCCCAAAAUCAACUGGAGGCCCCGUUGUCCUGGACCAAGCACCCGAGCUGGUCAUGUGGUCUUUGAUUCCCGCCAGAAACAGUUAGUAACUGGCAGGGAAAAGUGUGAAGCUCUAUCUCCCAGGCGCCCUUGUCAAGAAGUAUUCAAAAACUCAGAGGAGACCCAGAAGGAAUGGGGAUAUCAAAAUGUGAUGAGGACCUUAAACAAAGAGGGAGCAAAUACGCAUCAGGAAUAAAGAGGCAAGAGAAGCAUUCUGUGGUUGUUUGGGCUCUCCAUCCCAGUGUCACCACUCACAUUGACCAUCCUCAUUUUAAAGAGACACAGAAAUAACAUGCCUCUAUUCUUUAUCCACAGCUCCAUAAUCAAACCCAUUACCUUCCAGGCUCAAGAGCUGUGUUUCAGGAAAACAGAUAGUAGCCACUAUCCAAAUGUGACUAUUAGGAUGUCAAUUAAAAUUUAAAAUUCUCA